GUAACAUGCACAAAGUGUCUUGCUUUGGGUCCAGAGUGUGGAUGGUGUGCUCAAGAGGAUUUCAUGGCCGACGCAACACAGAAGGGACGCUGUGACACUGUUUUCAACUUAAUGAAAAGAGGCUGCCAGUCAGAUUUUGUAGAAAAUCCCACAGUUCAUGUCACAAUACCCAGUGACCAUGAAACAAAUACGCAAGUGACACCAGGAAAAGUUUCAGUCCAACUGCGUCCAGGAAGUGAAGCAAACUUUAUGUUAAAAGUUCGUCCUCUAGAGAAAUACCCUGUGGAUCUUUAUUAUUUAGUUGACGUCUCAGCCUCUAUGCACAACAAUAUAGAAAAACUAAAUUCCGUUGGAUUUGCUUUAUCUAAAAAGAUGGCAAAUAUUUCUCUUGAUUUUCGACUUGGAUUUGGAUCCUAUGUGGAUAAAACUGUGUCACCCUAUAUUAGCAUUCAUCCAGGUAGAAUUCAUAACCAAUGCAGUGAUUAUAAUUUAGAUUGUAUGCCUCCUCACGGUUAUAUUCACGUGCUAUCCCUGACUGACAAUAUAGCAGAAUUCAGAAAUGCAGUGAAUAAACAAAAAAUUUCUGGGAAUAUUGAUACACCUGAAGGGGGUUUUGAUGCGAUGCUCCAAGCAGCUGUGUGCCAGAGCCAUAUUGGAUGGCGUAAAGAAGCAAAGCGACUACUUCUUGUGAUGACAGACCAAACUUCCCAUCUGGCCCUUGAUAGUAAAUUAGCGGGGAUCGUAAUUCCCCAUGAUGGAAACUGUCAUUUGAAAGAUAAUGUGUACAUCAAAGCUACGAGUAUGGAGCAUCCAUCUCUUGGGCAGCUCUCUGAAAAAUUGAUCGACAAUAACAUCAAUGUUAUUUUUGCAGUUCAAGGAAGCCAGUUCCAUUGGUAUAAAGAUCUGUUACCUCUGUUGCCUGGUACUGUUGCAAGACAGAUAGAAUCACAAGCAGCAAAUCUCAAUGAUUUGGUGGUAGAAGCCUAUCAGAAACUAAUCUCUGAAGUGAAAAUUCAAGUGGAUAACCAGAUCCAAGGUCUUCAUUUCAAUAUCACUGCAAUCUGUCCUGAUGGAAGUAAAAAAACUGGCAUGGAAGGAUGUAAAAAUGUGGGAUAUAAUGAAGAAGUACUUUUCAACGUAUCCGUUACAAUGAAAGGAUGUGAUACGACUGGAGGAAGAAAAUAUGCAAUACUUAAGCCUAUUGGUUUCAAUGAAACCGCCGUUGUUAAUGUGCAGAAAAGCUGUGGCUGUCAGUAUGGAGACAGUGCAAGCCACAAAAGAGUAUGGGCUGAUGAAAAUUUUUCUGAUGGCAAGCAGUCCCAUUGCAGUGACAAUAAUUGUAGCUCUAAUAGAGAUACACUUCCUUCUGAGAGGUGCAGACGACACCGGGACCAGCCCAUCUGCAGUGGUCAAGGAAAUUGCAUAGAUGGAAAAUGUUUCUGCUACAAAAACAAGCUAGGCAAGGUGUACGGCAAGUACUGUGAAAUGGAUGAUUUUUCCUGCCCAUAUCACCAGGGAAACUUAUGUUCUGGUAAUGGUGAAUGUGAAGCUGGUAAAUGCAAAUGCUUUGCUGGCUGGGAAGGUGACCGUUGCCAGUGCUCGUUACAAUCAGCAAAGCACUGCCUGAAUUCAAAGGGCCAGAUUUGCAGUGGAAGAGGAAAAUGUGUAUGUGGAAAGUGCGAGUGCACAGAUCCAAGAAGCUUUGGCCGUUUGUGUGAAUAUUGCCCUACUUGUAACAAAGCCUGUGAAGAAAACUGGAAUUGUGUUCAGUGCCAUCAUUCUAACAAUGCAUCUCAAGCAAAACUUGACCAUUGCACAACCUCAUGCACUUACCUGCUGCAUUAUAUGGACCAAACUUCAGAAUGUUUCUCUGGAAGAAGCUACUUUAGAGUCUUUUCCAUAAUCUUUAUAGUUACCUUUCUGAUCGGGUUGCUUGUUGUCCUGAUCAUCAGGCAGAUAAUUCUGCAGGGGAGUAGCAAUAAAGUUAAAUCUUCAGCUGAUUACAGAGUAUCUGCAACAAAGAAGUGUGCAUACCUAAAUGUACAUGUGUUGCAAACCAUGGGAGCGAACAUGUGAAGCAGCUUCAAGCAACCCUUACUCCUAAAGUAGCCAUAAGGCCUAGUGAUGCCCAAGGCAGAGAGAUGCAAGGGCGCUGCUGCCCAUGCAGGGACCUGAAGAAGGACGGCAUCCUCGGCAGGUGCAAUGCGUCCUACAAUUCCCCACAGCAUCCCUACAGAGAUGGUGCUCUGAGACCACACGCCUCCAUUUGUCAGGGCAGGAAGCCUCUUCAAAAGUAGGUUUGGCUCGGCAGAGGUGGUACGGUUUGUGUCCUAGGCGCUUGGCCACACAUUGGAACUGCAUUACGUGCAGUCCGCAGCCCUCUGCGCUGCAGGCUUUUCGCAUCUUUACUCGUCAAAAAAUGCUUGCAUGUAACCUAGCAAGGGACCGCCUGUGCCAGUACGUACUGUAAACCUGGAUGCUGCAGACCUCCGUUAAAGCUUCUGGGAAGUCUUUGGGCAUCUGCCCAUUGACUUCCCACCAGCCGUGGGAUCUCCGCCUUAAGGAAUGUAAGCUGUAGCUGGGAAAGGGCACUUCUCAUAGAGGCAUUCGUGCUGAGUCAGUGCUGGGUGACACUUACUCUGCUCUGACUAAGAGUGUAGUGCCAGUGUUCUGGCUGUCCAUUUGCAAGAGGGGGGAAAGAUUUAUUUGCUAAGCAGAAAUGGAGCAGUAGUUAAGAAGAACACUACUUUUUAAUGAUGAUCUUGACACUGCUCUGAUGCACAGACAUUUCAUGGAUCUUAAAGAGAAUUGAAAUUCAUGGAGAGGGAAAAAAGGUUAAAAUUAGCCAGCGUGAAUGCAUUUCUAUAGCGAGCCAAAUCAGUGGGGUUUCACUGAGUGCAAGCCAGCUCAGAGUG